AAGCUUACUACAGCCCCGACUCACAUUGCCACAAUCCCAAUCAGUCACCAUGAACUUCCUCCUCAUCACCACCUGCGCCUUCAUCGCCACCACAUCCGCGCAAUCCACCGACUGCAUUAGCCAGAACCUAGCCGUCGACGUCGUAGCCGCGCUCGAGGCCACUUUGACCCAUGUGGGCAACGUGACUCAGAUUGGCAACGCGCUGCUCGCGGACGACUUUGUAGAGAUUUCGGACUCGAUACUCUCGUUGCAGAGUCUUCCGCUCGGCGGCGUAUCCGCGCCUUCGAAGCAAGCGUGGAUCGAAGGUAUCUCGCAUUCGCCGGCUGAUACCAAUAUAACGACGUUGGAUAUCGGCGUUGUGUGCCCGAACAAGAUUCUAUGGCAGUGGCAGUUCAACGCCGUCGGUCGCGCGCCGUAUCCGGUGAAGGGAUUCAACUACAUCGUGAUGGACGACUGCCCACAGAUCCAGACGAUGUAUAUCGAGUUCAAUAGCAUCGCGUGGGCCUUGGAUGAUGGGGAGUUGAACAGCAGUGCCACUGCGUAGAAAAGGAAAGGCCGAGGGGGGUCAGCUGAGCGUAAUUUGUGCGGGCCAGGGUCGG